AUGUCGAGAUCUCUCCGACGCAGUUCGUCCCCGCUGCUGUGGAUCGCGUUCAUGAGUCACAUAGUCUCGCAUGCUCUGAGCUCUCCAUCCCUGAAUCCGGCCGAGCGUCCUACGGGCGUGGUGAUUAACGCAUCGCUCGUCCUUCACUCAAUCAGCGAUCCGGACAACGUGAACCCCGGAUUUAUCGUAGACUGCAGCUUAGUUCUGCAUUGGGAGGGAAAUAGACUCCGAGCUCUGGGCACGGAUGCGCACAAUGAUGUCUCGAGAGCAAAUCCCACAAGUAGGCUCCUUGGGCUCGGUAUUCAUCCCGACGAACAAGGUGGAGUGGACAUCCAUCACUUUUGGUUGCCCGAUCCAUUCUUCGAGAAUGCGCAUCAUGUGUCGAUAGCCACCAAAGAAGUACCGACCAAGAACCUCAUCAUCAGACAAAUCUUCGAUGGGAGGGGAAAUCCGGGAGCUUCUUUCAGUUACCACCUGAAGCAGAGGAUUAUCGUGCAAUGCAACAUGAAUUUCGUUCAGUAUCCUGGAGACUCGCAAUACUGUGAGCUGCGAGCUCGGAGCUUCAUGUACCCUGCCGGAAGGGUCAAGGGUAAUACCACGACAGUGUCGCGGGAGAGAUGUCUGACUUUGAAUUUCCCCGCCGAGAACCUGACCUAUGAGGGGAAUGAGAGGCUGCUGGAAAAUACAGUCAAUGUGACACGGUGCGAAUACAGGGGAUACAGACGAUGGAAUGAGGAACUCUUGACUUUCGACGGUGUCUGCGUGUCGAUUACAUUCCACCGUCAGAUUUUCCACCAUUUCAUUUCGCAUUACGUCCCAUCGCUGCUCAUCGUGAUCGUUUCAUUCGCCCCGGUCCGAAUGAAACUUACCUCUAGCACUGACCGCAUCAAUGUUUCUGUCACCCUGCUCCAGGCGAUCUUCACCGUUUUUAUUCAAGGUCGGCAAGGCAUACCUCCGGUUCCGUACGCGACCGCAAUGGACAUCUACAUGUACGUCUGCAUCGGAUUCGUCAUCAGCUCAGUGGCGCAGAGCGUCUUGUCGAAGGGACUCUCCAUCCGGGAAAUUGAGCGGGUCGUUAUGACUCUGGGUUUGACGGAUAUUCUCGCCGUGGACGAUGAAGCACUCAUGGGGGAGAUGUCUGAGAAGAUUUGGUCGAGAUCGUCGAAAGUUACGUUGGCAUUUUAUGCAUUGGAGCCAGCUGCAUCCAAUAAGCAUCCUCGGAUCGAAGGAGGACUCCCCGCGCCGGCCGUCAUCAAAGAGAAAGAGAUCAUUCCCAUGUUCGGGUUAGUAAUAUCCGCCGCCGGGUUCAAAUAG